CGAGCGCCUCGCCGUAGCUGAGUGGAUGCCUUGCUGAGCGAUCGCGCAUGCGCAGCCCUGAAAGGUGAAAAGGGAGGAAGGACAACGCCAGCUUCUGUUGAGUGUCUCGGCGUUUGCCUCUGUGAGGGGAAGUCAUCAACCAUGUCAUCUGCUUUGUUGGUCAAACCACAGAUGCGAGGCCUCUUGGCCAGCCGUCUGAGAAAACACAUGAUUAUAGCGUUUAUUAUUUCCUUCGGAUGUGCAUCUUUGUACAAGUUUGGUGUGACUGAACCCAGGAAGCGAGCAUAUGCAGAGUUCUAUAAGAACUAUGAUGCCAUGAAGCAGUUUGAGGCCAUGAGAGAUGCAGGUGUGUUUGAAAGUGUACCACCCAAAGGAUCAUAAGCCAGCAUCUCCAGAUCCUCUUCUUUAGCAACCUGAAACUGAACAUUGCUGUUUCUAUGAACUAAACCUUUGGGCCACUUCAGUGCUGUUCGUACUACAGUCUUGUUCAUUAAAUGAAGUACUUAUGUCA